AUGAAAGAAAUCUUAUCUGCUGUUAAUCAUUGCCAUUCAGUUGGUAUGGUCCAAUGAGAUUUAAGACCUGAAAAUAUUUUAUUUGAAAAAGAUAGUCCAGACGCAAGGCUAAAAAUGUUCGGACUUAAACAGUCACAAUUAAAAGGGCCAAAUGAAAAGCUAACAAAAUUUACUGGGAAUUCUUAUUUCACAGUUCCGGAAGUGAUUUCUGGUAGCUAUGACAAUAAAUGUGAUAUCUGAAGCUUAGGCAUCCUUUUAUAUGUAAUGCUCUGUUGCUGAGUACCGUACAAAGCUAAAUCAGAGCAAUCCUAA